AUUAGUUAAAUACUGUUCUUUUAAAGAGAAAGAUUCUCGGGUCUCGUGAGAUGAACAAAAACAUUCCCCUGAACGUACUAGACUUACCAUUUUAGUGCAUAGUGGAUCAUUUUAGGUGGUUCUGGCAGUCUACUACAGUACUACUAGGGCUGCUAGGUAUCACCUGGUUAGCAUCCGGGGUCCCGAACCAAUGGCAAAGCAGCCAAGUCAAGCUUAUCGAUUGGACAUCUAGGUUGAUACUACUAGUAUUAGUAUGUACCUCACUAAAUACUACUAGGUAGGUACAUGCGUAGAGCUUGCACCAGCUGUCACUGUCAAAGUAUCCGGAGCACAUGAUCUGAAGCUUCCCCUUCCCCCCCCCCAAAGCUCCUUUACACAUCCCAUAACUGCAUUCAGAAAUACAAUCAUGGGGAAGGAGAAUUCACCAACGGAUAUUUCUCCAAAUAGUACCCCAAAACAAGGUUCUGCCGUCCGCGGAGCCUCCCUACUCAUCAUCCUUCAGAUUGCAUCACGCGCCAUCACCUUCAUCGCCAACCAGCUGCUACUUCGUUUUCUCACCGCUCAGUUGCUUGGCGUCUCGACUCAGCUAGAAGUUUACUACUUGUCCGUCCUAUUCUUUGCUAGGGAAAGCCUGCGUGUGGCUAUUCAGCGCCAGGAGAGCCCAUCAUCCACUUUGUCCCCCUCAGCUGACCAGAAUUCUUCUGGAAAUAAGAAUGAGAACGAGAACGAGAAUGGGGGUGACAGCCAGUCCGUCGUCAACAUAGCUCACCUGUCCCUGGUGCUCGGCUUAGGAGCCUCGGCUGGACUGGGCUGGGCCUAUCUCCACUAUAUAGAUGCGGCUACUGCCACCACACCCUACCUCGAUACCGCUCUUCGCAUCUAUGGCCUAGCCGCUAUCGUAGAGCUACUAUCGGAGCCUGCCUUUGUGGUUCUACAAUACCGCCUACGUUUCGGACCACGGGCGGCUGCAGAGUCCGUUGCCACCUUAUUUCGAUGUCUCGUGACAUUUGGGGCGGCUAACUGGGCCUGGAAAAGGGGUUUGCAACUAGGGGUCCUGCCGUUCGCUCUCGGACAGCUCGCUUAUGGAGUCGGCCUUCUCGCCGUCUAUAGCUGGUAUGGCGCGCAACUAGCAUCUGCUGAGCGCUUCUCUCUGCUCCCGAAGAGGACUGCUCCUCCUCUGCAGGAGGGGAAGAACAGCAGCACAAAGCAAACGGGACAACUUAAUCCUCGCGACAAUUAUGUUCUCGGAUAUUUCUUCAAGCCGACUCUACAGCUCGCCUCUAGUCUGACAGCCCAGUCUUUCGUAAAGCAUAUCCUCACCCAAGGCGAUACAUUUCUAGUCUCGGUACUUUCCGAUCCUUCAUCGCAAGGCGUUUAUGCCCUCGCCAACAAUUACGGCAGUCUUUUGGCACGCUUAGUCUUCCAGCCUAUCGAGGAAAGCAGUCGAAACUACUUUAGCAAGCUGCUCUCCUCUUCCUCCUCCUCCUCCUCCUCCUCCUCCUCCUCCUCUGCCAAAAGGUCACCAGAAAAGCAAACUGUUACCAAAGCACGCUCGGAUUUUCAGGCCGUCUUGAAGUUGUACGUCUUGCUAAGCAUGGUAGUUAUUACCGUGGGGCCGUAUGCUGCGCCUCUGCUAGUGCAAAUCGUCGCCGGCUCCAAGUGGUCUGCUAGUGGAGCUGGCGCGGUAUUGGCGCGGUAUUGCAUGUACAUUCCUCUGCUAGCCGUCAACGGUGUCACUGAGGCAUUCGUCUCGUCCGUCGCUACCGAGUCGGAAGUUCAUCGCCAGAGUUUAUGGAUGGGCGCUUUCAGCCUUGCCUUUGGCCUCGCUGGGUUUGUCUCUCUGCAGGUUUUACAACUGGGCGCUUCCGGUCUUGUCUAUGCGAAUUGCAUCAACAUGCUUUGCCGCAUUGCCUGGAGUGGCGCUUUCAUCCAACGAUAUUUCAAGGCCAACGGGUCAGAUUUUAUGUGGGGUGAUAUCUUACCCAACGGACUGGCACUCUCGGUUCUUGCCAAUGCGGCCUUUUGGGCAUCCUUAAUGAACUCUGGCAUUUCUAUCGGCAGCGUUUCACCUCAUGUCUUCAGGGAUCUCAUUACAGUGGGCAGCAGAGCUGUAGUAUACGCGAUGGUCAUCGCAUACAACGAACGCAAGUAUCUCAUGGACUGCUAUUAUUCUAUCCGUGGCGGUAAACGACCCACAGAGGUGGUGUCUAACCGCUAGACUCUUGUGAAAAUAACGUAAAUUAUCACAUCACUUAGUCAAACGUGAUCUUCGUGCCCUUUUUCGUCAUGUCAACGUCCUUGAAGAAAGCUCCAUAAGUACCAUGCGCCUUUCGCUUGACAGUAGUCCCGAAUUUCAGAAGUUCAUCCGGCACUGGCUGCCCAGCUGCUUUGAGGAUAUUAAUCAACCUAAACCUG